AUGGGUUCACAACCAAGCAAGCAAGAGACAGCAAUCGAAGCUUGUCUCGCAGACUUUCCCGACCACGAACGCACAAGCGUCCUCGACCUUUUUGACAAACUCUGCAAGGGCGUUACACCUUCAACAACAGCCACACAGGACACCAAAAAGAGCGGGCACCAUGGAAACGACCAGGAGACUAUCGACCCACAACAGUUCAUCGCCUUCUUCAGUCCGCUCCUCCCACCACCACUGUUGACUUGCUUCAGGGUCACGAUGCAGAUGCAUUCUGCCAUCUAUGAUUCGUCCUUGCCUACCACCGAUACGACCAAAAGCGGGCACGCCGACGGAGGAGCAGGCAAUCGUGCCUCCCGUCGCCAGGGGCUGACGCGCUCGACUUCUGUGGACUCGACGACUCGGAUUUCGAAAUACGGUUGGGUCAUGACGAUUCAUCGACUGUCCAAGACGAGUAUUGAAGAGCAGGCAGGGCUGAGUUUCAUGCUGCAGACGCAUGACAGGUCGUUGGAAAGUUUUGUCGCGAAUGUGACUCGAGCGGUGAUGGUGUUUUGGUUGGCGGGCGAGGUUGGGUCUUGGAAGGAUAUUUCUGAAGAGGAUGUUGAGGGUACCACAGGAUUCUUGCUGACAAGUCAUUUAAAGAAGGGGAGGUCUGGGAAGAGUGAGUUUGAGAGUGAUGACGAGGAUGAGGGUGCUGUUAAUGGGUUGGAUAAGGCGGGGCAGGAUUGGUUGGAGUCGGCGACGAAGCUGGAUGGACAGGGACAGCCGAGUGGAAAGGAGAUGAGUCGGUCGGCGUUCUUGAACUGGUACCAGGAGACGGUUGAGUAUCAGAUCAUGUUUACGAUCUUGAUCCAGAACUUGUUCCUGGGACAGUCGACGUUGAUGGGAGCUGAUGCCACCAAUGCGGGCGCGACACCAAGGAAGAGGACCAAGAUGUCUGCAGAGGUAGAGAACAAGCUGUGCCAGAAGAACUAUAUUGCUCCCAGGAUCAGAGGCGGGAUUGACGCUGCUCCUCAUUACUCUCGCCUGCUGACCGUUGCGGACUUUUUUCAGCUUCGGUAUGCCCUGCCGACGCCCAUCUACAACAUGACCGCAUCGAACGGUCCGGCACAGAAGGGGUCUUCUGGCGGAGGCGGUCAGGAGCAGAGCCUGUCAGAGACGCGUUCAACCCCUCCACUCAAGCUUCUCUUCUCCUCCAAAACCUCAGGCGCCUCCUUCUCAACCCUCCUCCAAAAGAUCACUUACCAAGGCCCGACCCUAAUCGUCAUGAAAGACGAAGACGGUUACAUCUUUGGAGCCUACGCGGACCAGGAUUGGGAACAAGGGCCCAAAUUCUACGGAACCGAUCGCAGUUUCCUGUUCACCAUCCGACCCACAUUCAGGAUUUAUCGCCCUAGCCAAGGAGUCAACAGCAACUUCCAGUACCUGGAUUCGGGCACCAAGACGUUGCCGAACGGGAUUGGGUUUGGAGGCCAGUUGAGGUAUUUUGGCCUUUGGCUCGCGAGCGAUUUCCAGACGGGCCAGUCGGCUGCGGAACCGUUGUGCUCGACGUUCCAGUCGCCGAGGUUGUCUAAGCAGCAGAACUUUAAGCUUGACGAGAUGGAAGUGCACCCCUCGACGAUUGACAGUGAAGAUUUGCCAAAGCACUCUGUGAUGGACGCGCACCCAGAAGCGGUUGCACUGCUUGAGAUGGCAAACCGCAAGAUGUACUCCAAGGACGUCCGUGAUUCCAAGAACAUCUACGACGACGACGACUAA